AUGCGUCUUUGGAGCAUUGGCGAUUCGAAUGAACGUGACGAGUUGGCCGCUUUUGCUGAUUGGAUAGCGAGCAUUGAAGAUGGAACAUUGAGGGGUAAAAAUGAUGGAUUUUCUCCGAUAGACAUACCAAAUGAUCUAUUACUAGAGCCAUCCGAUGAUCCAGUUGCAAAAAUUGUUGAAAGCACAUUUCCAAUGUUCAAGAAUGCAACCGACGAUCCAAGUUACUUGAAGGAUAGAGCUAUACUUGCGCCAACACUCGAUAUCGUAGAAUCUAUUAAUGAAUACAUGUCGUCGUUAAAUUUGACUGAGAGACGCACGUAUUUAUGUUCAUACAGUACGUGUAAAUCUGACUCCAAUACCGACUUUGUGGCACAACUCCAUACUCAUGAGUUCUUAAACACUAUCAAGUGUUCUGGAACGCCGAACCAUGAAUUGAAUUUGAAGGUCGGAACUUCAGUUAUGUUGUUGCGGAAUAUGAAUCACUAA